AUGCACCACCAGCAGCAGCGCCGCCGCUGCUCCGCCAGCUCCAGCACCAGCCUGAGCACCGUGUCGGACUACGACGUUCUGCAGCAGCACACGGUGCUGUCUGCUGCCAGCGGCGAGGAGGUGGCGCUGACCUCGCUGUGGCAGGCGCAGCCCGGCACGCGCUGCGUCGUCGCCUGCCUCACGCACUUUGGCGACCUGAGCAGCACCGAGUGUGCGCAGAAGCUGCUGGCGGUGCUGCCAGAGCUGCGUGCCUCGGGCGUUGGGGUGCUGGCGGUGGGGCUGGGGGAGCCGGAGAAGGCUCGCAAGUUUGCCGAGCUGCUGGGCUUCCCACUGGAUCUGCUGUAUGCAGACCCCACCGGCGCCCUCUACUCAGCCCUGGCCUUCAGCCCCGGCUUUGCCCCGGAAACCAGGAUCAGCGCCUACGCCAAGCUGCUGGUCAUGCUGGCCGGCGUCGGAUCCCCGGGGACAAUCCAGGAGGUGCUGCGCGGCUACGUCGGCGACCGCUCCGCCAAGCCGGUGUUCACCUCUGGCGGCGGCGGCGGUGGCGGCGGCGGCGGCGGCGGCAACCUGUUUGAUGUGCUGGGCAGGGGCUACCAGCGGCCCUUUGAGCUGGCCACGCUGCGGCUGUACAACAUGAACCUGGUGCUGUCGCACUGGAACGAGCUGGCGCCGGCGGAUGAGCGGCUGCUGACGCAGCAGGGCGGCUGCCUCGCCUUUGACGGCCGCCAGACGAUCUUCCGCCACACAGACACCGGCAUCCUCAAGUAUGCCGACAUUGACGCCCUGGCGGCGGCGGUGCUGCCGGCGGGGGCGCCCACAGAGGCGCCCACCCAGACGCUGCGCACGCUGUUCUGA